AUGAACGAAAAUGGACUAGUUGUUGCUGUAGAUGCUGGAUGGCAAAAACAGGGUAGCGGAAAGACAUAUGAUAGUUCAUCAGGUCAUUGUUCCAUGGUUGGUCCUCUCUCCGACAAAGUAUUGUCAUACUCUCUGAGGUCUAAGAAUUGCAGAGUAUGCAGUGUAGCUGAAUCAACCAACAAGAAUCCAGCAGCCCAUGAGUGCUCAAAGAAUUGGGAGGGUAGUUCAAAGGCCAUGGAGGCAGAUAUGGUUAUUGAGAUGGUCCAAGAUCUACAGAAAAGUAAAGGAAUAACCAUUGAUGGAAUCAUUGGAGAUGAGGACUCUACAACUAUUGCAAGACUGAAAGCUAAUGUCAAUGCUGAUAUUAAGAAGUUGUCUGAUAAAAAUCAUCUUAAGAAACUGUUUACAAACUCUUUGUUUACCUUGAAGAAAAAACAUUCAUCUCUAACUUUGUCUGUGAUAAAGUACAUUCAGAAAUGCUUCAGUUACUCCAUAGCACAGGGAAAAGGAAAUGCUUCUCAAAUCAAAGAAGACCUUUCAUCAAUUCCAUUACACAUAUUUGGAGAUCACCAACACUGCUCCUCAAGGUGGUGCAACUUCAUUAACAACCCUAACCUGAUGUACAAGUCACUUCCACAUGGAAAACCCCUGAAAGAUAGGUUCCUUCAGGAUGAUCUGAAAGAAGUCUUCAGUUCAUAUGCAAGUCAUUCUGAUCGUCUUUCAUGCUUAGGAAGCACACAGUCGAAUGAGAGUUUUCACAGAAUGGUGUCUGCAAAAGCCCCAAAGACCCAUCAUUACAGCUCUUCUUCAAGCCUCAGAUAUAGAGUUGCUGCAUGUGUAGCCCAGAAAAAUGUUGGACACAGAUAUCUUGUAAAGGUUAACAAGAAAUUGGGCCUCUCUCCUGGCUACUAUACUCGACGACAGUGCAUUCUGAGGGAUUUACAAAGAAAGCGACAGAAGGCCAUUUCAGUGACACAGAAAUUUAAAAGGAGAAGGAGAGAAUUGAAAGCCAGGAAAAUUCAAAGUAUUUCUACAAUAGAAACAAGGGAAGGCAUCAGUUAUUUAACAGGAUGUGAUCUCCAGCAGGCCUCUUACAUCGUUGAAAUUCCAGCUCCAAAAACAAUUCCAAAGUAUGAUCAUCUCCCUUCAAGUCAGCUGUUAAAUGCUGAAGAGAUCUAUUUUGAUUUGGAAACUACUGGACUCGCAAGGGAUUCUCAUAUUGUGCAGUUGUCUGCAGUUAGAAAUGAUGAGGUUUUCAACAAAUACAUCAUUCCAGAAAAACCAAUGUCCUCAAAAGCUACAGAAAUUACUGGAAUAAAAGUAGUCAACAAUAAAAUGUACCACAAUGAUGAGGAAGUUGAGACAGUCAGCAUUAAGGAUGCACUGAUCCAGUUUAUCGACUUCAUGAAGAAAUCGGAGUCAGAUGCUGUUCUAGUUGGACACAACUCCAAAGUGUUUGACCUUCCUGUGCUUUUCAACAUUUUGAGUAAAUUAAACAUUUUGGAGGCAUUCUCAUCUGCAGUCAUUGGUUUCAUUGAUACCUUACCUCUUUUCAAAAUUUCGCAUCCAAACCUUUCAUCAUACUCACAGUUACACCUUUUCGAAGAAAUUCUACAAGACAAAUACAGUGCGCAUGACUCAUUACAGAAUGUCUUAGCCUUGAAGAGAUUGUUGGACCAUACAGGACCUUCCCCUGAAGUCAAACUUGCUGCAUCUUUCACUUCAAACUCUGCCUUUGCCAUAUUCCAUCACAAGAACACAACAAAAAGUCUAAUGAGCACACUAAAGCCUUUAUUGGACCAAAAGGUGAUUUCGAAUGGAAUGGGAAAUAAGAUUGCCAGCAGUGGACUCUCCUUAUCACACUUACAACUGGCUUAUCGCAGAAAUGGUAGGGAGGGAGUACAGGAUGUGCUGACAGAGAUAACAGAUAACAGUGUGCGUGUGACAAAAUCUAGAAAAAUCAUUGAUUCUGUUGCAGAUUUUCUCAGAUCUGAGCAGUAA